GCUCAACACUGUCAUGGCUGCUCCAAUCGCGGAGUCCUUUGCACCUAGGCCAUCCUCUUCAGAGUCGCAACACGGACCAAUUCCCCUGUUUGAACAUCACCUCAAGGUCUUAACAGAUUCAUAUUUAAGCUUCUUCCAAGAAAGAAAACGUAUCGAAGAAGUGUACAUCGAGUCCUUGCUCAAACUUCAUCGGAAAGUGAAAUCCAUCGACAACUAUUUAGACGAUCGGACAGAACUUAGCACUUCAAGGAGAGCGUGGAAUGAAGUUCGGGAUAACAUCGAGAGAGAAGCACAAACCAGACAAGCAUUUCUCGCAACGCUUACGGUAGAUGUUGUUAAUGCCUUGACGUCACUCAGGGAGACGCAGGAACGUACGCGCAAACGCAUCAAAGAGGAUUUAAAAGAGUCUGGCAGUGCCUACACUGACUAUGUUGAGAAUACACUACCAAAGCUGAAGCGCACAUACCUGAAAAAAUGCCAAGAAGUCGAGGAUCACAAGGCUGCCGCUGCCGCCACGCCGCCGCAUUCAAUAUCUACUACUAGUACUACGCCAUAUUCAGAACAAAGCGGAACUACCUUGAGUACUUCGCGGUCAAAUCCUAGUUUGCCAUCCCGGCCUGUUGUCACUGCCCCUCAGCCAUUACGCCCUCUUGAUAGACGGCCCUCUGGAAGCGCGCCUGGACCACGUAAUCGGUCACCGUCUACUUCGGGCACAUUUUCUGAUUUUGCUCAACACGGAAAGAAACAGCUUAAUCAGCUUAUCACAUUCUUAGAUAAAAGCGGUACUGUGAAAGAGAGCUUGGGUGUACGGUCAGAAAAUAGUGCGCUUCGUGCUGUCCGUGCGAAACGAGAAGCUGAUGAGGCUGAUAGGGAAUAUCGGAAGGGCGUGCAUUGGCUAGAGACCCUUAGACUCAGGCGCACUAAGAUCCUUGCAAGUGGUUACAAGAGUCUGGAGACCUUUGUUUAUGAAUAUUCGAAUACAGUCAAAAAUGUCCUGGAGAAAUAUCUUGAUAACAUGACUGCGACUACUACGACACAGACACAGUUAUCAUCACACGGACGUUCCGUGGUCGACAGGAUCUCCCCAGAAAAAGAUGUAUCACUUGUCACGGCCUUCAUUCCUCGUUCACUGGCAUCGGCAAUAGCCAAGCCAAUACUUUACUAUAACUACAAUGUUGGCGAAUGCAACGACCUCAUCUUCGGCUUUAGUCUGGUGGAUUAUGCGACUGCUCGAGGCCUUGGGGAAGGCGAUGUUCCAAAAAUUUUGCGUAUCUGUGUGGAAGAAGUAGAUCAGAGAGGGUUAGACGCAGAAGGCAUUUAUAGGAUAUCUGGCAGGCAUGCUAUUGUACAGGAUCUACAACAUAAGAUAGAGCGAAACGAAGCCGGUUUCAAGUUUAACAACCUCACUGACGAUAUUUAUGCUGUAUCCUCACUAUUAAAGUUGUAUUUGCGCGAGCUUUCGGAACCAUUGUUUAGAUUUCCACUGCAGGAUCGUAUAGAGCAUACGGGGGAUCGAGCGGAACACCAGUCGAAUCACUUUGCCCUCCUGCGUUCGAAGAUACGGCGGCUACCUGCCGUCCACCGCGCGACUCUGCGCGCUCUAGUUGAGCAUCUAACCCGGGUGGCAUCCAAUGCGGAUAAGAACAAGAUGGACGCAAAAAACCUGGCGAUUGUAUUUGGCGCCGUCAUCUUUGGUGAAGAUGAAAUUCCAAAGGGCGGUGACCUUUUGAGUGUUCAGUCAUGGAAAGAUACGCUAAUGGAGGACAUGAUUAACAAUGCCCGAGAGAUUUUCGAGGAUCUCCCGCCUGCCAGUAACUCCCCUCCUCUGCCUGCUGCGCCACUUGGUGAACCUAUUCCUGUGUAUUCGUAUGGUUCAUCACACACGAAGAUUGGCAGUGUUCCUCCAAGGCCUCGAUCCCCGAGAAGCCCAGAUGACUUCACUCCUCGUCUCCCCACACGACCGACAGGCAGCAUACAUCCUUCCCUUCGUGCAAACCCAACUUCGCCGACACGCGUUAACAUGGAAAUUCCCCCGUUGCCAUCACGAAUUGCUCAGGGCGGAGAUGAUGAGUCAUCGCCAUCGCCCACCGGUUCCGCAACAUGUCAGUCGAUAUGCCCAGCAACAAUUCCCAACUUCAUUCCAAACCUUGAAGGAUCAAAACCGACGAUCUCCAGUCCUUCCAGGCUUGUAGCUCUCGAAAGGGCAACAUAUGCUUCCCAAAGGCAGAUCAACUUCCAUAGACAAUAAGAUAUGGGCUCAAUCGUUCACCUUGCCCCUUCUCAAAGAUCCUC